AUGCGAGUACGGUUCGCGCCGACACCGCGCAGUUCCCCAGAUAGCGAAUCCAUGUCCUCUCAUGUAUCCUGUGUCUCUUGUGCGUCUUGCUUAUCUUGCAACUCUUGCGCAUCUUGCAACUCGUGCGCAUCGUACUCAUCGGGGAAUCGCAACGUGUCGAGACGGCAGCGUCGAGGCGUGUCCUCAAUGUCGUCAGUAUCGCCGAAGUCGUCGUCUUCUGCCGUGUCACUGUCAAGGUCGGCGAGCGGAGUUUCCAGCUCAUCAAGCGCUAAGCUACGCCGCUUACACCGACCCACUGAACCGCUUUCGCUCAAGCAUCUCUGUCUGGACUUCUUGGUGCAUAAUUCCCAAACCUUCGCGCUCCAGAUGGGCAACGGCGAAGAGGAGGGCGACCCCGUAUGGCCGCGCGAGGAGCUGGGUCCCGCCGGCGUGGAGGACAUGACCCGCCUCCACGACCUGCACGAGGCGGCCCUGCUUUGGAACCUGAAGCUGCGAUAUGAGCAGGGCCUCAUCUACACGUACGCCGGAUCUAUCCUGGUGGCCGUCAACCCGUACAGGCCGGUCGAUGCGCUGUAUGGACUGCAGACCGCGAGGAGGUACCACGCAGCGGAAGCGUUAGGGGAUCUACCACCACACCUGUUUGCCAUAGCAGCCGCUGCGCGCGCAUCUCUGCCGCAGCCGCAAGCCAUACUCAUCUCCGGCGAGUCCGGCGCUGGCAAGACUGAAUCCACCAAGCUGGCCGUCCAGUUCCUCGCCGCAGUUGCCCCGGCCCCUCCCGGCAGAGCGCCGGUCUCCGAACAAAUCCUAGAAGCGGCCCCACUCCUCGAGGCGUUCGGAAACGCGAGGACACCAAAAAACCACAAUUCUAGUCGAUUCGGGAAACUCCUCGAACUAUACUUCAAGGAUGGCGCGUUGGCCGGCGCGAGAGUAGCCCAUUAUUUAUUGGAGAAAUCUCGCAUCGUAACCCAAUCGCCUGGUGAAAGGAACUACCACGUUUUCUAUGAGAUACUAGCCGGGUUAGACGAAGAACAAAGGAAGAGUAGAGGUUUACUGACGGCAGAGCAUUACUUCUAUCUAAACCAAGGAGGCGACUCUGGCGGCGCAGGCGCUGGCGCUGACUGGUCAGCCCUGUGUGGAGCUAUGCAAGUCCUGGGUAUUGGUGAUUCCGAGAGAGAAGAUAUUAUUCGUGUCUUAGCUGCUGUCUUACAUUUAGGAAACGUUUACUUUCAUAGAAGGCAGUUGCGUCACGGACAGGAGGGAGUGCAGUUGGGUGGAGGCGCAGAAGUGCGAUGGGCGGCGCAUCUCUUGAAAGUACCCGCGGAAGCAUUAGCAAGGGCUUUAACGACCAGAGUAACAGCGGCGAGAGCAGAGCGCAUGAGGUCUCCCCUACCCAUAGACCAAGCUUUGGACGCGAGAGACGCAUUCGCUAAAGCACUAUACUCAUCCCUGUUUAAUUGGCUAGUCCUCAGAAUAAACUCAAUAGUCCACCGCGCAGGACUGCACGACGCGCAUCGUAUAUCUCUUCUCGACAUCUUCGGAUUUGAAGAUUUAGAAGAGAACUCGUUCGAACAACUUUGUAUUAACUACGCUAACGAAACACUGCAGCAUUACUUCAACAAGCACAUAUUUAAACUAGAGCAGCAGGAGUAUCAAAAGGAACGUCUGGAAUGGUCAAAUUUGACAUGGAAUGAUAACUCUCCAGUGAUUCAACUGUUGAGUAAGAAGCCUGUGGGUAUUCUGCAUCUUCUGGACGAUGAGAGCAACUUCCCUCGUGCGUCCGACGCCUCGUUCCUAGAGAAGUGCCAUUACAACCACGCUCUGAAUGAGCUGUACUCUAGACCGAGACUGGGAGCGAAUGAAUUUGGGAUCAAACAUUACGCGGGCCAAGUGUGGUACAACGUAGAAGGUUUUCUGGACAAGAACCGCGACGCGUUGCGUGCCGAUGUGCUGGAACUGCUGUGCAGCAGCGAGGUGCCGCUGGUAGCAGAGAUGUCUGCGCAGCUGCGAGCCCAGCACGACAGCAACAAGACGCUGCCACGAGGACACAACGGACGCUUCGUCACCAUGAAGCCCAGGACGCCUACUGUGGCUGCCAGGUUCUCGGACAGCCUGCACCAACUACUAGAAUCUAUGUCCCGCUGCAACCCGUGGUUCGUUCGCUGCCUCAAGCCCAAUACGGACAAGUCGCCCAUGCGGUUCGACAUGCCCUGCGUGCUGGCCCAGCUGAGGUAUACCGGCAUGCUGGACACCAUCAAGAUCCGACAGACCGGCUACCCCAUCAGGAUACCAUUCCAGAACUUCGUGGACAGAUAUCGGUAUCUGCUGAAGUCGACGCCGGCUCGCGCCACUCCCUACAGAGAGAUUUGCAAUUCAAUCCUUGCCGAGAUGCCACCCACCGGUGCUGUUGGCGCAGACUACCAGUUGGGUGCAGCCCGAGUGUUCAUAAGGGAGGCUUUACACCGCGCCCUGGAACGCGCACGCGCAGAUAAGCUGCGCGCCGCGGCCACCAGGCUGCAGGCACAAGUUCGCGGGUAUUUGGCCAGGAAACGUUACCACCAGUUGCGCGCAUCGGCAAUACGCGUGCAAGCAUGGUGGCGCGGCGCACGCGCACAACACCGAUAUUACGUGGUGAAACGCGGCGUCACUCGCGCGCAGGCGAUCGUCCGCGGGCGGCGCGCGCGCAAACGAUUCCACGCGCUCAAGGAACAACACCGACGACGACAGGAUGCCCAGCAGCAAGCCGCCAAGCGCCGUGCAGCAGAGCAGAAGGCUCAAAAAGCUCGCGCUGAAAGCCUGCAAGCCAUGGAAGUGCCCGCCGAACUGGCCUUCCUCCUGUCCAAGCUGGACAGCUCCCAGCCCAUCACGGACCACAACCUUGCGAAGGUGUCUGGAGACGUGUAUAUGGAGGAGGAGAGCAUCCAGCUGCCUCGAGACCUGCAGCAGUUCGCCUUCAAUAAGUUCAGCUCCGUAUACUUUGCAGACGGAGGGCAGCUCAGCCCCAGGAAGCACCCUAUAUCCAGGCCCUUCUUGUCUAAGGCUACCGUCAGAGACCAAGAUUUCAAUGACGCAGUAGCUACGUUCAAACUGAUACUCCGAUGGUGCGACGAAUCCGCUGCAGGGAAUGAGGCGAGACAGAAGGUAUUGGCGGAUUACAUAGCUUCAAAAGGAUUGGCGUCCAGGGGUCUUCGCGAUGAGAUUCUGGUGCAGUUGUGCAAUCAAGCCAGCGGCAACGAUUCCUCAGAACGAGUGUGGCAGUUAAUGGCGCACUGCCUGUCAGUGUUCCAACCCGGUCCACCGUUACACAAGUAUCUGGUGCGGUUCAUAUCGGAGCGCGCGCCGGCCCACUUGCGCGCGCACCUACUGCGGUUAGUGUGCGGCGCGGCUGCGGGCGCGGCGCGGGCGGGAGGCGGCGGCGGGGCGGCGCGGCGCUGCCCUCCCACGAUACUGGAGUGGCGCGCCAACCACACCGACGCCAGGCCGGCGCUCCCGCUGCGGCUGUACGACGACACGGUGCACGCGGUACAAGUGGAGGCGUGGACCUCGUGCGAGCGCGCCGCCGCGGCCGCGCUGCACGCCGGGCACGACGGGCACGACGGGCACGCCGCCCGCGCCGGGUGGACGCUGUGCAUGGACCACAACGGGCAACUCACCGAAUGGGCGGGUUGCGAAUACGCAUUGGACGCUGUAGGGGAGAUAGAAACUUGGGCGGCGCUGGCCAACGGACGCGGGGAGCCCCUGCGAGCUUCACCGAGAAAUGUGCCCCCUGCCCCACCUCCCAGAGCCACGUCCACAGAUGACAAGCCUACGAGACCACAGGUUCCCCCACCUGAACCUCCGAAGUCGCGUUCUCCCAGCAUUCAACGGCUUCUCAGGGAGUCGAUCGACGAAGUCACCGACUACAACUGGAAAAUGGAACGCGAGGACGCACACACUAUCAGCGAACACAACGAAUACUCGAGGAAAUCGUCGCACGACAACGAAUUCUCAAGGAAAACUUCGGAUAACGAUUACUCCAGAAAGACUUCUCACGACAACGAUUACUCUAGAAAAACGUCCCACGAUAACGAUUACUCUAGAAAAUCUUCCCACGAAAACGAAUAUUCCAGAAAGAUCUCCCACGACAUUCUAUCGCGGGAGUCAGCUCUAAACGAGAGAUACUUCGAACAGAACAACGAUAAAAUGAGAAGCAGAUCACUAGAUAACCUGUUAGGGGACAAUCCUAUACCACAACCGACGAAGUUAACUGACUUGGGGCUAUCACAAUCGCGACUUAAUGAUCGUUAUCACUCGGUGGAGAGAUUAGGCGGUGCGCCCAGCGUGACCAGUAGUAAGGGAGCGUUGGACAUCGAGUAUGGGACGACUUCCCGUGUGGUGCCUUCGAGGUAUAUAAAGUCGCAGUACGCGGGCAAGAGGGCGCCCGCCGGCUCGCAGUCUAGUCGUGCUUACAUUGAGAAGAGUUCCGAAUUUGGAGGCGUACGGUCUUCAGCCAUGUCAGAUACAUCAGAAGCACCAAGCUUGGCAUCCCACGUACGCCGGGUGCGAGUCCCUUCACAGGCGUCCGACGUAGACCAGUUCCUCGACGAUCUGUUCUCUCCCGUGCUCGAUCCCAACAUCGACGAGCUCUCAGACGCCAGGUCGCUCGCGGCCAGCAUCAAAGGCGGCAACUAUUCCAAGUUCAUCGACGAAAUACUCUCCUGCGACUACAACGAACAAUUGAACUUCCUAAACGACCCCCAGCACCUGCAAACCCUAAUUAAAGGAGGAGGGAAGGAUGACAAAGAGAAGGAUAAAAGCAGGAAACAGUCGAGCGUAGAUUCCGUCGACGCUUAUAUAACGAAUCUUUUCGAUCCAAUAUUCAUGAACGAUAGCUUGAAGCGGUUGUCUGACGGCGAGGGGCUUUCGGAAGCCAUAAAAGGGGGAGGCGCUACGCCUAGAGCUGCUUCUGCCAACACCUCAACUUUAAGUUUUGGGGCUAUGUCCCUACCCCCUACUAUGCCCGCGACCCCUGAAGCACUGGCCGCGGCUAUGGGCCUGCAUUUCCCACCCUCUGGAACGGUCGACAUGAACGCGUACCACCAGAACCUUCAACGAGCGUUCCUUCAGAGUGCCAUGGCGCAGAACCUGCAGAUUCAGCAGCAGCUUCUUGCUCAAAAUCAAGCUCUCCAAACGCUGCUUGCCGGUCAAGUAGUGGAGCCGACCGAUUCGGAGCCGACGUCGCCGGUGCGAUCGUCGACAGUGGUGCACGCGCAAGUGCAUUCUCCCCCUAGAAGUUCAUCAAAAACGCGGCGGGAAUCGAACGAGAAUAAUUCUUCUAUGGGGGCGCCGCCUCCUCCUCCCCCGCCGAUGCCGCCACCGCUGCACGCAUCCGACCCAUCCGAAGCGCGACCUUUCAUGGACCCAUACGGACGUGCUAAAACAGUGCGCAUCGGCAAAUGGAGAUGGCCCCCACCCAAAGAUGCCAUAGGUCAAGACCCCAAUCAGGACUUCACCAAAUUCAAAAUGCGUCAGAUACAACGCCGACACACCCCUCAAGCUCAGACUAACGGUGAGCAGGAGCCUCCCAGGGGUCGCUCCCGGUCCGAAGCCACUCCGAGUAUAGAAUGGGAGGAGUUCGAAGUCGACGGGCCGGUGUCGCCCAGCAGGGAGCCGCCCAGCCAGAGGACGGCUCGACGAAGCUUCGAAAUAGGCGCCCAGCGCCCGUCGCCCGGCAGCGUCGGCAAGCUGAAGCUCAGUUCCGAAAUGAGGCAGCGACUCGAGCGAGUGACCGCCAACCACUCGGUGAGGAGUUCCUCGUCAGCGGCCGAAACGCCGCGCACGAUUAAUAAGUUAGAAGACACUAGGAAGCUUAUGUUAGAGAGGCAGCUGGGGGGCGGGGGCAGAUGGGACGCGCCCCCGCCGCCGCUUCCCCCCGCGCCGCCCGGCCCCGCCCCGCCCCCGCCCCUGGCCCCGCCCACGCCUCCCGACAAACCGGCCCCGCCCCCUCCCAUCCCUGAUGCUUCAUCCACGUUCGCGCAACUCCGUCGCGACCGCGAUACUUUCGGCGUCCACCAGAAUAGAGAAGCGGACGAUCGGCACGCGUUCCUCGCCAACUGGAGUUCGAGGCGGAGGGAAGACUCGGAACCUCCUCGGGACGACCUCGCUUCGCGAUUCCUGACCGCGGACCGGCGCGAGAGUCGUUCGCGGGACCACUGGGGAAACGACGCCGAUAUCGCCUCCUACGACGAAGAUGGAAGGCGACGCGCUCGCGACGAAUGGGACUCGGAAUCUGGUGUCGAUGGCCCCGUCCGCCCCGAUAGGGACGACUUCUCCGGCCGCGAUGCUUCCGAGAUUUACGAGAUCCAUCCGAGAGCCGAGCGCAGAGAGGAGAACGGUGUGGAGGAUACAUUCGAUCGCAAACGGUCGCCGUUUUACGACGAAUUCGAGCGUUUUGAUGGCAGGAAGAAUUCGAGAGACAUGCUAGUGGGUCGAGCCCGGGAUAGCCCCCGCUCGGACGUUGUCUUCCCCCCGGAGGGCGUCGACGCCUCCAAGAAAGUAGAACGAGCCACCUUCAAGACUCAUAUGGUGCAGAAGGAGAGGACUAGGAAAAUGGAGGCCGAGAGAAGAUACUCUGUGUCUACCCACGUCACUGAUAAAACUGAACAUAUAGAAGGUGACGCGCCAGCGCCGGCGGCGUUGCUACCGUCGGACCGCACGUUCGUGACAUACAGCCGCGUGCCGUGGAAGCUGCGCGUGCGCAAGGAACUGUUCACGCCUCUAGAGACGUACAACGAACCCGAUAUACUGGACCUGCUAUAUGCACAGAUAGUACACGACAUAAACUCGAACCAAGCUUCGCUCCGCAUCAGCCCGGUGGAGCGGCGCGCGGGCCAAGCCUGGCUGCGGUCCCAGUCCGGCCCCGCGCGGGCCCACACCAAGCGCCAGGCCGUCGAGUUGGCCCGCACCUGGCCCUUCUACUUCGCCAGGCUGUUUAACGCGAGACUGCCACCAGGGGAGAAUGCUGUACUCGCCGUUUCGCAUAACGCAGUCACUAUUGGAGUCAAAGGCGGCGGGGGUCUGCAAGUGCGUCGCUCGUUUCCAUUGGCGGGUCUGCGAGCGUCGACAGGCGCGCCGCACACGCUGCAGCUGACGGGCGCGGGCGGGCGGGACGCGCCGCUCGCGCUGCACGUGCCGCUCGCGCACCACGCGCACGCGCUCAUCGCCGAGUACACGCUGCAGCACGCGCAGGUGAGUGUGUGUGUAUACACGGGGUGGCUUUACUCAAUAUUACGAUAUUCAAGAGCAGGCAUAACUUUUCCUUUGGCGUUUUGAUGACAACCUCUAAUAUCGUCACUGGUCCAUGACAGCCUAUAUUUUCAGGUGAAUAUUUUACGCGACACUUGAAAGUACAUAUAUAUAAGAAUUCAUAAAAUACGUAACAGAAUGUGAACUACCACUUUUUCCUUGGCUUCUUAAAAACUAUUUACAGCAACAUCGCUACAGCAAAGGUUAAAGAAUAAAUUAAAAAGCACCGUUUUCUUAUCGUUUCUUCGUUUUAUUUGUUUUUGACUUUUUGGGGAGAUAUGUGUGAGAAAGACGCAGCGAUGGGGCGGCCCAAUAAUUUUAAUAAGUUUACUUAUGUUUUGGCCUUGACUGUUGCUAGUUGUAAAUUUCAUGCUAGUGUUGCCUUAAGGCUGUAGUUUCAACUAAAAACUUAUAAAAAAGUAUUUGAUGCAAUAGUGAAAUCAAAUAAAAUACAGGUUGCAUUAUAAAACAUGUACACAAUAACAUUGAAUCUGCAGUAAUGAGCGAACUCUCCCUUUGAUAGUAUUUAUUACGUAAUUCUUCAAUACAAUUUCUUUGAUUUCUUGUUUUCUUUCGUGGGAAUGUUUUGAUUUGCAUAGCGAACAAUAGUUCAUCAUAGUAUGUAAAUUGUAUUAUACUACAUUGUAGAGAAUCUAUUCAAGCCCAUUAAUGUUGUUUCUGUAUAUAAUAAUUGUUGAAUCUGACCCAACAAUGCGAUGUACUUACUAAAUAACUGAAAUUGAGGGCAUACUAUUAGGGCGUCACUUCGUCAUGUUAUAUUCCCACUCUACGGUCUUAAAACUAUCCUAAUUAGAGCAGGAUGGACGGCCAUGAUUAUGUCGAAAGUCAGCUUUCGAUGUUAAAGCGGUUUGUCAGUUAAAUUUAUAAUAUACUCUAACAUGAUAGAUAGCUUUCUUCCUACUUUACGGAGUUACUUAAUAACUUUUAUAAGUUACAUUGGAUAUUAUGACGCCGUAGAAAACCGAAUGCUACUAACGACAGUGACCAUUGAUCAAUAGGGUGAUUUUGUAAAAUAAAAUCUGACUUCCGAUUUCGGUAGCUGGCCAUCAAGAUAUCAGUUUGAUAUACAUUACGCCAGUACACGGUAAAAUGUCGCUAU